AUGCUGUGGUCAAUGUAUUGGCUCAAUUACCUUGACCGCAAUGCUAUUGCGUUGGCCAGACUCAACGACCUAGAGGAGGAUCUCAAUUUGACAGGCACCCGUAUGCCACACCUUCAUCUAUCAACGGUUGACACAGUACUGAUCACAAGCANNGAAUACCUUACUUGCGUUUCCAUUCUCUUCGUCGGCUACCUCCUUGGACAGAGUAAGAGCUGCGGUUCGCUCAUAGCUACGAACAAAGUCGACUUACACGAAAUUANNGUCCCAUCCAACAUGUUCCUCACAAGAACAAGACCCAGCUAUUACAUGGGGUGCUGCAUGGCUUUGUGGGCUGUAGUAUCAGCUCUGACCGCCGUCUGCAACAACUUUGUCGGUCUUCUGCUGGUUCGCUUCUUCCUUGGUGUGACAGAAGCACCUUACUAUCCUGGCGCUGUCUACCUCCUCAGUAUCUUCUACAACCGCAAGGAGAUUGCCACACGUAUCGCUAUCCUCUACACUGGUAACAUUCUCGCCACUGCCUUUGCAGGUCUCAUUGCCGCUGGUGUGUUCCACGGUAUGGACGGCUCUGCAGGUUUGACCGGAUGGCAAUGGUUGUUCAUCCUCCAGGGUGCAGUCACAUUCGUCAUUGCCGUAAUCGGCUUCUUCUGUCUCCCAGACACCCCACUGACAACAAAAUGGUUGACCCCUGAGGAAAGACAACUCGCCCACGCUCGCAUCGCGGCCGACACUGUUGAGAAGAAGGGAGAUACUAGUGUCUGGAACGGUCUCAGACAGGCUGGUUCUGACCCAGUCGUAUGGCUCUUUGCUCUGAUGGCUCACCUCCACUUGGCUGCCAACGGAUUCAAGAACUUUGUAAGUCUCUACACUUGGUUGGAUUCUAAACACAAACUGAUGAGCUCUCCCAGUNUCCCUACCGUAGUCAAGACUCUUGGUUUCAACACCACAAUUACCCUUGUACUGACUUGCCCACCUUACCUUAUUGCCGGCGCUUCGACACUCCUGGUUUCAUGGUCUUCUGGCAAGCUGAACGAAAGAACAUGGCACAUCACUGCUUCCAAAUCAGUCGCAAUCGUGGGCUUCAUCGUCGGUGCCGUGGUGAUGAACACUGGUGUCAAGUACUUUGCCAUGGUCGUUUUCACAAUCGGUACUUAUGCUGUCAACUCCCUCAUUCUUGGCUGGGUCGGAUCUACCUGUGGUCAGAGUACUGAGAAGAAGGCAGCAGCCAUCUCGAUCGUUACUACAGUGAUGAACGCUUCCUUCAUUUGGACACCCUAUCUCUGGGAUCCUAAGGAUGCGCCUCAGUAUCAGCCUGCCAUGUUCUCGAGCGCUGCCUUCUCUGCUGGUACCGCUCUCGUUGCGUGGAUCGUCAAGAUUAUUAUGAAGCGUCGUAACCAGAAGCUUAGACAGUCUGAAGAUGAAGUCCAGACUUUCUAUGUCUACUAG